GUGUAGUUGCUGUAAACUGUCUGUAGUUAGAGGAUAGUGAGUAACGUUACAACAAGUCUCACUAUUCAGUGGCAUGUGUUUACUGAUAAAGUCCUCAUCAGUUAAAAAACAUGAAAAAGAGGUUUAACAUCAACCUGGACGACUCUGCUUUCACCAAAAAGACAACACCGCUAAAGCCGCAGUUUCAGCCGUCAUCCAAAGGAGGACAAAACGCCUCAACUUCAUCUUCAGCAAAGUGCGCAUCUGAGCCCGUGGACCAGCUCUUGUCAUAUGCAGAAUAUAUCGUCCAGAGUAAAAGUAAUGUGGCUGCUCCUCCUCAGAGAGCGGGCCCCUCCACAAAACUCAGGACUGAAGGUGAUGGAGUUACAAAUGUGAAGCAAUCAGUGUCGUCUGCUCCAGGAGGAUGUGAAACGGCUCAGGACUGUCCUGAAGGGACUGAAGGUGGAUCUGGAGGGGUUAAGAGGAGUGAGGAGACACAGGUGGCUGGCACAGACCAAAAAGAGGGGAACUGUCAAAGGUCAGAUCAGAGCCUCAGCCUGGGUCCAAAACCUGUGGGAUCUGGGAGCAGCAUUAUUGUCAGUCCUCGACAGAGGGGAAAUCCCAUUCUGAAGUUUGUGAGGAGUGUCCCUUGGGAGUUUGGGGAUGUUGUACCAGACUAUGUCCUAGGCCAGACAACUUGUGCUCUAUUCCUCAGUCUGAGGUAUCACAAUCUCAAUCCAAACUAUAUCCACGACCGUCUCAAGCUGCUUGGACAGACUUUCACCCUGCGAGUGUUACUGGUACAAGUAGAUGUGAAAGAUCCUCAUCAUGCGUUGAAGGAGCUGGCUCGCAUCUGCAUCAUGGCAGACUGCACUCUCAUUCUGGCUUGGAGUCCAGAGGAGGCAGGACGUUACCUGGAAACGUAUAAGUCAUAUGAAAAGAAACCUGCAGACGUACUGAAGGAGCAAGUUGAAAAAGACUAUCUUUCAAAGGUUACAGAUUGCCUGACCACUGUGAAGUCUAUAAACAAGACCGAUGCUAUUACCUUGCUGUCUACUUUCUCUUCUGUAGAAGGAAUCAUCAGUGCCUCUAAGGAAGACUUGGUUCUCUGUCCAGGCCUUGGACCACAGAAAGCAAAGCGACUCUAUGAUGUGCUGCAUAAGCCCUUCCUCAAGUCAAAGACAAAAGACAGCUGAAAUUUCUUAUCAAGGAUGUGUGACAUGCUUCUGAAAAGAACUCUGAAUUAAGUACUUAUAAUAAUUAAAAAUGUGUAAAAUGUGACUUCUGACUAAGAAUCAGCUGAGGGGUGUUUUUAAGAAUUAAUGAUGUGAAAUCUACAGGUGGAGCUGCACCCUGAUUCUAUGUUUUAUUAAACUGUGGUGUGAAAUUUGUUGAUUGUUAAAUUUUUUUAAAUAAAUAUUUUGUAAUAUUGC